CUCCUGCAGAAUCACAGAGCACGUGCCGCCUUUAGGCAGGGAGGGGGCCGCGCAGCCCCGCCGCCCUCCCGCCCCUGGUUCCGUCUGCAGCCGGAGGUGUUCGCUCAGCCAGCAGCCUCCUCCAGACCGUGACGGCGCGCGCUCGCUUUCUGGGAAAGGCGCUGCCGGGUGCGUCUUUGCGCGCGCACGUGUGUGUGCGCGUGAGGGGGGGUUGUUCUUUCGUAGGAAAACAGCGGGGAUUCACGCACGCCGCCCUCCCUGGAAGGAAGCAGUAGGAGCGCACGGAGAGCGGAGCAGCGGACGCGCAACGGAGCAGAGGUGAUGGCCCAGCUCUGACAUCACUGUGAAGCUGUGUUUUCCCGGUUCCAUUUCCUGUCCGUGAAUGCACCUCCCCGACAUGGAGACUCUUUCCCAGGACUCGAACCUGGAGUGCCAGAUCUGCUUCAACUACUACAGCCCCCGGCGGCGGCCCAAGCUCCUGGACUGCCGCCACACGUGCUGCUCGGUUUGCCUGAAUCAGAUGCGCAGCAGCCAGAAGGAGAUCCGCUGCCCCUGGUGCCGCGGCGUGACCAAACUGGCGCCCGGCCUGUCCGUCUCCCAGCUGCCGGACGACCCGGACGUCGUCACGGUGAUAGCCGUCCCUCACGUGUCGGAGCACACCCCCGUCUUCAUCCGCCUCCCCAGCAGCGGCUGCUACAUGCUGCCCCUGCCCGUCUCUAAGGAGCGGGGGUCCGGCCUGCAGGGGGAGCUGGGCUGUCGGUUCCUCCCUGGGGGGCAGCACAAGGGGGUUACCGUGGUGACGGUGCCCGAGCAGCAGCCUCUGGGCUUAGCCGCGGGGCUGGAGGGGGGUGACGGGGAGAGGAGGGGCACCGGCCCGGUGGGCGGGGCCAAGGGGUCCUCGUGGUCCGGCGUGUGCACGGUGAUCCUGGUGGCGUGCGUGCUGCUGUUUCUGCUGGGCAUCGUGCUGCACAACAUGUCCUGCAUCUCCAAACGCUUCACCGUCAUCUCCUGCGGCUGAGGGAGGGGCUCAGGCCGCCGCGGACCCCCCAGGUCCGUGACCCGUCUGAGGGACUGGACUGUGUCUGUUCCAUUUUCUCUUUCUAAGUGUUUGGAUGCAUCUCCGGAUACAUCGAGAAGUUCUGGGGGGCGUGGCCAGACCAGAUGAACUUCCUGUAGCCACAAAGGGAGGGGGGGAGGGGUAGAUGUAAAGGACGUAAAUGUUUCUGAAAGAAGGUUUUACUUUACGUUAGUUUUGACUUGUUUCUGCUUUCCAAGUACAAAAGAUGUUUUCUGUUCUUCAUAGAAAAAGGUUAUGGAGGAGGCGUGGCCAUAAAAAGGAUGAAGGGGCAUCACGUGAUCGGUGAAGAUGUCAUUCAGAUAAUUUUUUUUACUUUCAAAACUCCUGUGACUAAAGUUUUGUAAAUAAAUUUUUACCACCAGUUUUA